AUGGCUUCUUCCCGGGAGCGCCUCUGCGAGCUCUGGAUGCUCUACUUCGCCAAGCCCUCCCCGGGGCGGUUUGGGGUCACCCCGGGAGGAUUUUUGGGGUCCCCGUGUCCCCCCCGCUGCCGGCGCCACCGCCCGGCGACAGCAUUCCCGGUUCGGCAUUCCCGGUUCGGAUUCCGGUUGGGCAUUCCUGAUUUGGAUUCCCGGUUCGGAUUCCCGGUUCGGAUUCCCGGCUCGGAUUCCCGGCGCUCCCAGGCGGCUCCGCGCCGGCCGAGCCCCGAAGCGGCCGAACCGGCUCUGCCAGCCGGGAACCGGCUGCGACAGCUCCGCGGGGUGGCACCGCCACCGCCACCGGGAGGGACCGCGGCCUCGGGAGGGCACACCGGGAACGCGGCACCGCCGCUCCGGUGGGCGCAGCGGGAAUUCGGGUUCGGGAUGCAGCUCCGCGUGGGCGCCCCGGGAGUUUUGGAACAGCAGCUCCAGCCCGUUCCGGCCCCGCUGCGCCGGCGCCGCUCCCACGGCUGCGGGGCCAUGGAGGGCCACGGCCACCCCCAGGGACAGAAGGACCUGUCCUACCUGCAGCAGUGGCUGGAGGCUUUCGUCACCAGCUUCGAGAGGGUCAUCGCCCUGCCCUCGCUGGAGCCCCACAGGCCCGAGGAGCCGGGCUCCGAGAUCCCGGCGCUGCCGCGGGAGGUGCUGCAGGUGCUGAGCCAGAGGCUGGGACACUGCGUGGCCCUGGGGACACAGGGGCUGGGCCAGGCCCUGCUGCUGCUCAAGUUCUUCAUCAUCAUCUGCAGGAACCUGGAGAACAUCCAACCCGACAGGAGCCCCGGCUGCCUCCCGCACGUCCUGCGGCUGCUGCGGCUCUGCGGGAGCCAGCUGCGGAGCAUCCCGGGGGACGAGCAGAGCCGGGCACAGCUGGAAAAGGGGACACGGCCGGAAAAUGGGGCACAGCUGGAAAAUGGGGCACAGCUGGAAAAUGGGGCACAGCUGGAGAAGGGGACACGGCCAGAAAAUGGGACACAGCUGGAGAGCCGGGGAAAUGGGGCACAGCUGGAAAAGGGGACACAGCUGGAGAAGGGGACACGGCCGGAAAAUGGGACACAGCUGGAGAGCCGGGCACAGCUGGAGAACGGGAUGCUCCACGCCCUGCACCUCUGCGAGUGCUUCCUCGACCCCUACCAGACCUGGCGGCGGCAGCUGAGCGGGGAAUCCAUCAGUGCCAAGGAGAAGAGCAAAUACAAGUUCGCCCCCGCCCCGCUGCCCCCCGAGUUCGGUGCCUUUUUCCAAGAGAGCUUCCAAGGCGGGAAGCAGCUCCCAGAAACGAUCCAGCUCCGGAUUAUCCAUCUUUUUGGAGCCAUCCUCUCCGGAUCCAAGCCCAACGCGCUCGAGGCCAUCACGCCCGCGGCUCUGGAGGUGCUGCUGGGGGUGCUGCAGCGGGGUGGCAGCGGCGCCGCCCUGUCCCCCGCGCUGCUGGAGGUGACGCUGCGCUCCGUGGUGGCCGCGGUGCACGUCCUGCACGGCUCCAGCCCCGGCACCGGCCCCGUGUCCCUGCGGAGCCUCCUGGACGGAUUCUUCAGGGUGCUCAACUCCCACCUGCCCGCGGCGGCCGGCGGCGGCCUCAUCGCCCUGCGGGUGCUCAUGCUGGAUGCCAUCCCGGCCAUGCUGAGCUGCCAGGACCGGCCGGUGCUCCAGGCCGUGUUCCUCAGCAACAACUGCUUCGAGCACAUCAUCCGCCUGCUCCAGAACAGCAAGCUCUACCUCGGCAGCUCGCGGGAGGCGGGUGAAGCCCGGGACGAGGUUCCCACGCGGAACGGGGAUGGACUCCAGCAGGUCAGUGCCAGCAGCUCCGACGCCAUCGCUGUCCACGCCCUCAGGGUGCUCACAGCCAUCAUGAGCAACUCGCCCUCAGCCAAGGAGGUGUUCAAGGAGCGCAUCGGCUACGCCCACCUCUACGAGGUGUUGAGGAGCCAGGGCCAGCCCACCCAGCAUCUGCUCCAGGAGCUCCUCAACAUGGCAGUGGAGGGUGACCACAGCUCCUUCCCAGUGCGUCCCAUCUGCAACGAGCAGCCCCUGCUGAUGCUGCUGGCCUGGCUGCCGGCGCUGGAGUGCCGGGAUCUCCAGCUGUUCCUGUCGGCGUGGCUGCGGCGCCUCUGCGAGGCCUCCCUGCCCAGCCGCCUCACCUGCGUCAAGGCAGGCAUGGUGGGCUCCCUGCUGGCUGCCUUGGCCACCGAGCCAGCUCUUCCCAGCGCCUGCUCCCAAAACCUGCUGGAGCUGCUGCGCUCCUUGGGCAGCCUCUCCAUCCGGCCCGGGGAGCUGCGGCAGCUCCUGCGGCUGCUGCGGCGCGAGCGGGGCCGGGGCCCUCAUCCCUACGUGGCUCCGGUCAUCCGGGCACUGUCCGGCAUGGCCAGGGGCGAGGGGCCUCCCCGGGCACUGCAGAGCUUCGACCUGAGCCCCGGCAUGGCCGGGAUCAUGGUGCCCACCAUCCAGAAGUGGCCCGGCGGCGCCUUCGCCUUCCAUGCCUGGCUGUGCCUGAGCGAGGAGGAGCCGGAGCCGCCGGCGAGGCCGAAGAGGAGGCAGCUCUACAGCUUCUUCACGGCGGGCGGGACGGGCUUUGAGGCGUUCUUCACCGCGGGCGGCGUGCUGGUGGUGGCCGUGUGCACCAAGAAGGAUUACAUGACGGUGGCACUGCCCGAGUUUCCCUUCAACGACUCUGCUUGGCACUGUGUUGACAUCGUCCACGUGGCCGGCCGCCGGCCCUUCGGCCAGAACAUCGUCAGCAUCUACGCUGAUGGACACCUGCGGAAAACGGCACAGCUCCGCUUCCCCUCCCUCCACGAGUCCUUCACCUCCUGCUGCAUCGGCUCCGCGGGCCACCGGACCACCACGACGGCCGCCACCGCUGCCAGCCACCCUCCGGCACCCCACGGGCCAGAGCUGGUCUUCACCCAGCACCCUGUGCUGGGACGCUCCCAGUCCGUCCCUGCCACCCUCGGUCCCCACUCUUGGACCCCCACCCAGCUGCCCACGGAGGGGGUGGUGGCCACCACGGCGGCCGGAAGCCAGGACACGGAGUGGGGCAGCCCCACCUCGCUGGAGGGUCACCUGGGCUCCGUGGCCAUCUUCUGUGAGGCUCUGCAGCAAGCCCAGGUCAAGGCUCUCUUCUGUGCAGGACCAAAUGUCACAUCCCUGUUCACACUGGAAGGGGACUUGGUGGAGCUCAGCAGUAAACUCUUGCUGUACUACACCCCCCAGGCCUGCAGGAACAACAUCUGCCUGGACCUCUCCCCCAGCCACAGCUUGGACGGGAGGCUCACGGGACACAAGGUGGUCAACUGGGACAUCAAGGAUGUGGUCAACUGCGUGGGUGGGAUGGGGGUGCUCCUGCCCCUGCUCGAGCAAGUGGUGUCCAAGACGGAGGAGCCCGAGGAUGAGCAGGAGACCAACGACCUGGUGGGGCCGGAGCUGACGUCCUCCAGGAACGCCCAGGGCAUGCUCAUCCCGCUGGGAAAGUCCUCAGAGAGCAGGCUGGAGAGGAACAGCGUGGCCGCCUUCCUGCUGCUGGUGAAGAACUUCCUGCAGAACCACGCCGUGAACCAGGAGAGCCUGGUGCAGUGCCACGGGCCGGCCAUCAUCGGAGCGCUGCUGCACAAGGUCCCUGGCACGCUGCUGGACAUGAGCACCUUGGUGGCCUCGCAGAUCCUCAUGGAGCAGGUGGCUUCUGAGGGCAGCGGGUUCCUGCUGCACCUCCUCUACCAACACCUGCUCUUUGAUUUCCGCAUCUGGAGCAACAGCGACUUCGCCGUGCGCUUAGGUCACAUCCAGUACCUGGCCAGCGUGGUCAAGGACCACAAGCAGCGCAUCCGCAAGAAGUACGGGGUGCAGUUCAUCCUGGACUCCAUCCGGACCUACUACGGGGAGAAGACCACGGCCACCGAUGACAUCAGGACGGUGCAGACAUCCCUUUUCAGCCUGGUGAAGGAUUUCUUCUGCAGGAGCUUCUCCGGGGAGGAGAUGCAGAGCCUGCUGAACUACCUGGCAGGGGCACAGGAUGAGCAGCAGGUGUGUGGGGCGCUGGAGGUGAUCCACAGCCUGCUGAAGGGCUCCCCAGCCCAGGAGCAGCUCUUCGCCUUCCUCUUCGAGCCGGGCCACGUGGAGCUGCUCUUCUCCCUGCUGGUGCAGAAGAGGUUCUCGGAUGAAGUGAGGGAAAGGGUCUUCAAGGUCCUCUACAAGAUGCUGAAGUACGAGAAGGUCCCCGAGCGCAUCAAGAGCCGCCUGAAGCUGAAGGACAUCGGCUACCACGGGCUCAUCUCCUACCUCAGCGACAUUCCCGGCUCCAUGCUGCUCUUCCGCUGCCUCUCGGAGCAGGUCCUGGGGGCAGACCCUCCCAACUACAAGGACCUGGUGGCCGUGGUGUACCUGUCCCACCGGGCUGAGCUGAGCAUCCGACUCGACAUCUGCCGCAAGCUCUUCCACCUGAUCUAUGCGCAGCAGGACCUGGUGAAGCAGCUGGCCAGGCUGGCUGGCUGGCAGGACACGCUCACCAAGCUCUACGUGAAGGAGUCCUACGAGUGCCGCCAGCACAGCCUGAGCCCCGCGGGCUGCCCGGAGCUGCUGCGCCUCUCCGAGCCCUCUGGGACGAGCCCGCCGCCCACCGAGCUCCAGGAGCUCGAUGUCUUCCUCCCGCUGGGAUACGAGGCCUCGGACCAGGAGCUCUCCGAGGGCUUCUCCGACCUCUCCAUCUCCCCGAGUGGCCGCACCAAGUCCUUCCACUCCUACAACUUCAAGUCCUUCGACUCCUCGGACCGGGCCAGCCGCUCGUCCUCCAACCCUGGGGACGGUCCCACCUUCGAUGGCGUCUACCACCCGCUGUCCCCCUUCUCCACCUCGCCCUUCGACCUGGGGCUGGACCUGGCCAGCACCAGCUCCAUGGCCACGGCCGAGAGCGGCACCCAGACCCCGGCCAGCGGCCCCGGCACCCCCUCACCCCUGGAGAGCUUCAAGCCCUUCCCGGGAAUGCGAGCGCGCAAGAGCUCCAGCCUGUCCAACGUCCUGGACGAGAGCAGCUACCAGGAUGUGCUGCCCAGCGACAACGUCUCCAACACCAGCAACCCCCAGCAAACCCCCGAGGAGGAGCUGUGCAACCUCCUGACCAACAUCAUCUUCUCGGUGACGUGGCGCGGGGUGGAGGGCUGGGACGAGGCGGCCUGGAGGGAGCGGGGCCAGGUCUUCUCCGUGCUCACCAAGCUGGGCACAGCCUGCGAGCUGGUGCGGCCCCCAGACGAGAUCAAGCGCAGCCUGCUGGAGAUGAUGCUGGAGUCGGCGCUGACCGACCUGAAGGAGUCGGGCCCGGCCGCGCUGCCCGGGCUCACCCACAACGCCCUGAAGCUGCUGCGGCUGCUCCAGGAUUUCCUCUUCUCCGAGGGACACAACAACCAGGCCCUGUGGAGUGAGAAGAUCUACGAGGGGGUCAGCAGCCUGCUGGACAAGCUGGGCGUGUGGCACCACCUGGCCAACGGCACCUCGGACCUGAAGGAGAUGGCGCAGACGGGGCUGCGGGUGCUCGUGGGGUACAUCCUGCUGCAGGACCCCCAGCUGCACUCCCUGGCCUACGUGAAGCUGCACAGCCUCCUGCAGACCACGUCGGCGCCGCGCAGGGACGAGGCCUGUUACCUGCUGGGGAAGCUGGAGACGCCCCUGCGGCGCUCCCUGGACUCCAGGUCGGAGACCUUCUCCUGGCUGGUGCCCAUCAUCCGCACGCUGAUGGAUCAGUGCUACGAGACCCUGCAGCUGCAGCAGUUCCUGCCCUCGCUGCCGCCCACCAACGGCAGCCCCACCUUCUACGAGGAUUUCCAGCUCUUCUGCACCACCCCGGAGUGGAGGGGCUUCAUCGAGAAGCACGUGCAGCCCACCAUGGCCCAGUUUGAGAUGGACACGUUCGCCAGGAGCCACGACCUGAUGUCCAAUUUCUGGAACGCCUGUUACGAUGCCAUGAUGAGCAGCUCGCAGCGCCGGGAGCAGGAGAAGGCAGCCAGCCGCAAGUUGUUCCAGGAGCUGGUGCUGGAGCCGGCGGCGAAGCGCUGCAAGGCGGAGAACGCGCGGCACGCCAACGUCCUCAAGCAGGCCAACAACCAGCACAGCACCGUGCUCAAGCAGUGGCGCUCCCUGUGCCGCCUGCUCACCUCGCCCCGCUCCGCCUGGGCCGACCGGAACCCACCGGAGGUUCGCUGGAAGCUGUCAAGUGCCGAGACCUACUCCAGGAUGAGGCUGAAGCUGGUGCCCAAUCUCAAUUUUGACCAGCACUUGGAGGCCAGCGCCCUACGGGACAAUCUGGGAGCUGACCAUCUCCAGAACCCCGCCGAGUCCCUCCCGCUCGCCAUGGCCAAGGAGGCCAAGGUGAGCGAGCUGGAGGAUGACCAGCUGGCCGAGGAGGACCUCCCUGUCCUGGACAACCAGGCUGAGCCCAAGGAGCAGAACCAGCGGGAGAAGCUGGUGGUGUCGGAGGACUGCGAGCUCAUCACGACGGUGGCCGUGGUCCCUGGGCGCCUGGAGGUCACAACCCAGCACGUGUAUUUCUACGACGGCAGCAGCGAGAAGGAGGAGACGGAGGGAGGGAUCGGCUACGACUUCAAGCGCCCCUUGUCCCACCUGCGCGAGGUCCACCUGCGCCGCUACAACCUGCGCCGCUCCGCCCUCGAGCUCUUCUUCAUCGACCAGGCCAACUACUUCCUCAACUUCAGAAAGAAGGUGAGGAACAAGGUGUAUUCCAGCAUCCUUGGUCUGCGGCCCCCUAACCAGACCUACUUCGGCAGCCGGUCCCCCCAGGAGCUGCUCAAAGCCUCGGGGCUCACACAGAAAUGGGUCCUGCGGGAGAUCUCCAACUUCGAGUACCUCAUGCAGCUGAACACCAUCGCGGGCCGCACCUACAACGACCUGUCCCAGUACCCCGUGUUCCCCUGGAUCCUGCGGGAUUAUGUCUCGGAGACCCUGGACCUCACCAACCCGGCCGUGUUCCGGGACCUGUCCAAGCCCAUUGGGGUGGCCAACGAGCGGCACGCCCGCGACGUCAAGGAGAAGUACGAGAGCUUCGAGGACCCCACGGGCACGGUGGACAAGUUCCACUACGGCACUCACUACUCCAACGCCGCCGGGGUCAUGCACUACCUGAUCCGCACCGAGCCCUUCACCACGCUCCACAUCCAGCUGCAGAGUGGCAGGUUUGACUGCUCGGACCGGCAGUUCCACUCGGUGCCGGCGGCGUGGCAAGCCCGCAUGGAGAACCCGGUGGAUGUCAAGGAGCUCAUCCCAGAGUUCUUCUACUUCCCGGAGUUCCUGGAGAACCAGAACGGCUUUGACCUGGGCUGCCUCCAGCUCUCCAAUGAGAAGGUUGGGGAUGUGGUGCUGCCACGGUGGGCGCGCUCCCGCGAGGACUUCAUCCAGCAGCACCGCAAAGCCCUGGAGUCGGAAUAUGUCUCCGCCCACCUCCAUGAGUGGAUCGACCUCAUUUUUGGGUACAAGCAGCGCGGCCCGGCCGCCGUGGAGGCUCUCAACGUCUUCUACUACUGCACCUACGAGGGGGCCGUGGACCUGGAUGCCAUCACCGACGAGACGCAGCGCAAGGCUCUGGAGGGCAUCAUCAGCAACUUUGGGCAGACGCCCUGCCAGCUGCUCAAGGAGCCACACCCUGCCCGGCUGUCAGCAGAGAGCGCCGCCCGCAGGCUGGCCACCCUCGACACCCGCUCCCCCAACGUCUUCGAGAACCUGGGCCAGCUCAAGUCCUUCUUUGUGGAGGGCAUCAGCGAUGGGGUGGCCCUGGUGCAGGCCGUGGUCCCCAAGAACCAGGCACAUUCCUUCAUCACUCAGGGAUCCCCUGACAUCCUGGUCACCGUGAGUGCCAACGGCUUGUUGGGGACCCAUAACUGGCUGCCCUACGACAAGAACAUCUCCAACUACUUCAGCUUCACCAAAGACCCCACUGUCACCAACGCCAAGACCCAGCGCUUCCUGCAGGGCCCCUUUGCCCCCGGGGCCGACCUGAGCUCGCGCACGCUGGCCGUGUCCCCCGAUGGGAAGCUGCUCUUCAGCGGGGGACAUUGGGACAACAGCCUCCGUGUCACCUCGCUGGCCAAAGGCAAGGUCGUGGGGCACAUCACCCGGCACAUAGAUGUUGUCACCUGCCUGUCACUCGACCUGUGUGGCAUCUACCUCAUUUCUGGCUCACGGGACACCACCUGCAUGGUGUGGCAGGUCCUACAGCAGGGUGGCUUUUCCAGCGGCUUGGCUCCCAAACCCGUCCAGGUGCUGUACGGCCAUGACGCCGAGGUGACGUGUGUGGCCAUCAGCACCGAGCUGGACAUGGCCGUGUCCGGCUCCAAGGACGGCACCAUCAUCACCCACACCGUGCGCCGGGGUCUCUUCAUCCGCUCCCUGCGGCCGCCCGGCGAGAGCUGCCCCCCUGCUGUCCUGUCCCACCUGGCCGUGGGGCCCGAGGGACAGGUGGUGGCCCAAACCUCCGUGGGGCAGCCCUCCUGCUCCAAGGAGAGGUUCGCGCUGCACCUGUACUCGGUGAACGGGAAGCUCCUGUCCUCCGUCCCGCUGGACCGGGAGGUGACAGCCAUGUGCCUGACCGAGGACUUCGUGGUGCUGGGGACCUCGGAGUGUGGGCUGGAGAUCCGUGAGCUCCAAAGCCUGAGGGCGGCCGUGCCCCCUGUGCCCAUGCGGGUGCCCGUGCACAGCGUGUCCGUCACCAAGGAGAAGAGCCACAUCCUGGUGGGGCUGGAGGAUGGAAAACUCAUCGUGGUGGGCGCUGGGCAGCCCGCGGAGGUGCGGCCGGGCCAGUUCCACCGGCGGCUGUGGCGCUCCACGCGGCGAAUCUCCCAGGUGUCGGCCGGAGAGACGGAAUACAACCCCGCCGAGGGCAGGGCCUAGGCUGGCACCCACCACCACCCACCCAGCCCCGGGGGCCCCGUGCCCCCCACACGGACUGGGGGACCCCCGGGCACCGAGGGGGGCCCGGAGAGCCCCGUCCUGCCCGCCAUCCGUGGCCUUAUCCAGCCCCGCUGGGGUGUGCAGCCCCCCUGGACUUUGGGGAGACGCCUCCCCCGUUGUCACAGCGGGGUGGGGACAGCAGGAGGUGGGGACCCCUCGCUGGGAAGGGGGGUGGCACAGCCCCCCCGCCGUGCCCGCUGGCCAGGAGCCGGCAGCGUGUGGGUCCCCCCCCCCCCUUAUUUUUUAUUUCUAUCCAUUUUUAGAGGUUUUACAGAAAAAGAAUUGUUAUUAAUAAUAAUAAUAAUUAAUAAUAAUAAUAUAUCUGUGGGAAA